GCUCCGCCUGGCUGCCACUCGUUCCUCCCGCUCUUUGUCAGUUGGGUCUGCGGUGGGCCGAUCUAUCCACUAGCCUGGGUCUCCCUCUGUUGGUGCCGCCCGCGGGGAGACGGAGAGCCUUCCUGCCCACUAGUGGGAGCUGCCAGGCGGUAGCACGGAGAUGGCCGCUUUUAUCUUGGCCAGUUAGAAACGUCCUGGGCUUCCCAAGAAGUGUGAGGGAAUGAGUGGUCACCAGCGCCAGGCCUCGGAAUUUGACAGCUAAAGCCCAAAACGAAAAGAGCCAAGAGAUUCCUUGAGAAGAGAGAACCGAAACUCAGUGAAAAUAUUAAAAAUGCUAUGCUGAUUAAAGGGGGAAAUGCAAAUUCCAUGGUGACACAAGUACUUAAAGAUGUGUAUGCACUGAAAAAACCAUAUGGAGUUCUGUAUAAAAAGAAAAACAUUACAAGACCAUUUGAGGAUCAGACAUCAUUGGAAUUCUUUUCAAAGAAGUCAGAUUGUUCUUUAUUUAUGUUUGGCUCCCAUAAUAAGAAGCGGCCAAAUAAUCUAGUAAUAGGUCGUAUGUAUGACUACCACGUGCUGGAUAUGAUUGAGUUGGGUAUCGAGAAGUUUGUCUCUCUAAAAGAUAUUAAGAAUAGUAAAUGUCCCGAGGGAACAAAACCCAUGUUAAUAUUUGCUGGUGAUGAUUUUGAUGUAACAGAAGACUACAGAAGGCUAAAAAGUCUUCUUAUUGAUUUCUUCAGAGGCCCCACAGUACCAAAUAUCCGCCUGGCUGGUUUAGAGUAUGUUCUGCACUUCACUGCAUUGAAUGGGAAGAUUUAUUUUCGAAGCUAUAAGUUGCUGUUGAAGAAAUCUGGUUGUAGAACACCAAGGAUUGAAUUGGAAGAGAUAGGGCCCUCAUUGGAUCUGGUUCUGAGGAGGACACAUCUGGCAUCAGAUGAUCUUUAUAAAUUAUCUAUGAAAAUGCCAAAAGCGCUCAAGCCAAAGAAGAAGAAAAAUGUCUCCCAUGAUACUUUUGGUACAACUUAUGGAAGGAUUCAUAUGCAGAAGCAAGACCUAAGCAAACUACAAACCAGGAAAAUGAAGGGGUUGAAGAAGCGACCUGCAGAAAGGAUAACAGAAGACCAAGAGAAAAAAUCAAAGAGAAUUAAAAAAAACUGAUGGAACUUAGCCAGUGACUAUAAUGUUAUUGUAGUCUGUUUACUUAAGAGAAUUAUCAAUCAUCAGUCAUUUCUAAGUUUCUUAAAGAUUUUAUUAAAUAUUUUUGUAGCAUGGUAAUUUACCUAAACUAUGUAUUAUUUAUAUUAUGAACACUAAUCUACUAGUAUGAGGUUGAAAAUAAGCCUCUUUGGGAUAUAUCCUGAUGGGCCUUUUUCUCUCUGUGUUAAUGGUAUUCCUUCUGUCCCCUCCCCUCCAGGGUUGGUAGGUGAGGAGGGAUCUCCCGAACAGCCAUUGGUAUUUUAAAGAAUUUCUGGGUUAAGCUUUCAAUAAUGGGAGAAAGCCAUGGAAAGUAGAAAUGGCCCAAAGGAACUGUAUACACACUUAGUAGUAUGCAUUACCUGGAAAGUUAACCCCAUCUCCCAACACAUACCUACAACCUGACUUUUGUUUUUUACUCUUCUGUUAUUUUGCCUGAAAUUUUGCCAGUUAGAGAUUCAUUUGAGUUUUUUAACUUUGUGUCUUAAAACAUUUCUCUUAAGAGCAUGUCCACUAAUUUUCUACCAUCUCCACCCGCCCCCCCCACCCCCGCAAAAGAACCACGGUUAUACACUAAACUAAAGGAAGUGCCUGUGAGGAGGUCCAGCAGAGAAGACCCAGCACACUGUGGAGCAAAACAAAUCUGAGAUUGGAUAGAUUGAGGAGGGCACAAAGAACAAUUUAACUUUAACCUCAUCAGCCCUGCCCAUGUGACACAGCUCCCCACCAAGAGAAACCUUCCAGCCUGUGAUUUCCCCAUGGAGGGGAGGGAGAACAUGUGAGUGAGCAAUGGCUCGCUCAGCCCUGCAGGAUGCUGCCAAAGAGAGAACCCUCUUUCUAGCCCCACCCAGAAUACUGAGAUACACUGCUCAACGGGGGAAUGGGGUGCACCUAGGAGAACUGCACCCAGGGCUCUUGGAGGGCAGUAAACCAACAUGGACCGUACAAACCACGGCACAGCCUCCAUUAGGAAUCUGCCCAUGAGCCACUGGAGAUGGCCUGCCAGCAGACCCCCACAAAUGGUCCACGACACACACAAUACUCAGUCCCUUGCCCAUAUAUCAUCCCACCCUGUGGCCUGCCACCAGCGCACACAGGAGGGCAACACAAGGGAGCUUCUGGAAGGGGCUAUCGAGCGUGUGCAGAAAGCAGCCCUACUCUCCUGGAUUGGGAGAAAUCUCAUAGAUUCAGUCAGCAGCGUCCUAGAGAAAGCAAACAAAAGGGAGACUCUCAGCACCCAGUCUGGCUUCACAGGAUGAAGAGAAGGCCUUAAAGUUUGUACUACACUGUCCCAGGCAGUAGGAGACAAAUACGCCAACCAUGGUGAAGAUUUAAAGCCUGAAUGUGUCUGGAUCUGAGCUAUGUAUUCACUGCACACUCUGGCUAAAGCACUUUUUUUCUUUCACUGCAUCAAUUCUCACCUAAGUAUGAUCAAGCAUUCAAACCUGUAGGAACUGCAUCCUCUGUCUUGCUUCUAACUUAAGAAGAAAUAAACUAAUGAUAUGGAAGCAUGCUUUCUUCUGACUCCAUUAUCAGGCGUGGAGGAAAUGGACCAGUCAAGAGUCGCCUUCCUUUUACACAGGAGCUGGCGGUGUUACUACAAGGGAGGCAAAGAAUCAAGGCCAUUGACAUGUUGGGCUACAAUACUAACUGUCUUUGUUCAGAUGUUUUAAACCGAAUUUAAUCCGAGGACUUUCCCAGUAAGAAAAAGCCAGUUAGCAAAUAGCUAAUUGCUGUAACUCAGCUAAAAGGAACCACUGUCACCGUACCAGUUGCCAGUUGGUAUAUCCAUCAUUAGUUAAGAAGACUUGGAGGGACCUUGCAAGGAGCCUACCCUUGAGCAAGGGUGGGAGAAGGAGGGAAUUAAGCAUUUACUCCAUUUGUUUCAUUCCACUGAUUGCUCUACAACACUGGAGAAUAACUUUGUUAAAAAGAAGAUUGUGGUUAGUAAUGUUUAAUUCAGUCAUACAUGAACAAGUGGCAGGGAGGUUGGUAGCACAUCAUCUCUUCAUUAGCCAUUAGUCCAAAUGCCUUUGUGCAGUCUACUAGUCAUAGUAAGGUGGCUGAUACAUGCAUAUAAAAGUUUUACCAUCUGUAUCUCAGAAAGAAAGGUUUUCAUUAUAAUGAUAAAAAAUCUCAAGUCCAAGAAUAAAUUGAAUUACCUUCAAACAACAGUAUUAUUAAGAGAGACAUAUAAAUGGAAAGAAACAGUAUGUUCUAAAACAAUCAGAUAUACACUUUAAGGACUUUUUAUUUUUCACAAAUCAAUUUAUAAAUUUAAUUUAUAAAUCCUAAAGCUUAAAAUUAUGAGUAAGUAGCAAAAA